AUGACCGAGGCCGGCCUCAACACCGUGAACCUGAGCGAGGUGACCGUGUGGCAGCAGGUCAUGCUCUGGCUGCUCAUCAUCGUCGGGAGCUCCGUCUGGGUCUCCGUCUGGACGGUGCUGGCGCGGAAGCACGUCUUCGAAAAGAGUCUCCGGGAGAUCGUCCAGGCGAGCGAUGAAGAGAGGGACCGGCAGCACGGCCAGCUGCCCUUCUUCAACGGCCGUGAUGCCGCGUCGAGAGGCAAGGGCGGGGCAAGCGUGACGGGGGUGAUGGAGCGGGGGGCUUUGAGCCAGGCUCGGGCCGGGAACAACCACAUCACCAUCGACACACCCGAGAACCUCACGCGGCCUCCGCCAAAGAAGGCCGCAACUCCCAGUUCCACUCUCUCACAGCCUCCGAGCGCUCCCGUCUCGGCGGCCACUAGUACCGCGCCCUUCGUCCUCGGCAGCCUGGCCCUCGGAGCCUGGAUAGCGAACAACAUGCCGACGGUGGCGACGUCCAACGGCGCGAAUCCCUGGUGGGCCGGCAUCUUCUUCGCGGUCUCGGCGUUCAACAACUCGGGCAUGUCGCUCCUCGACGCCAACAUGGUGCCCUUUCAGCAGGCUUACUUCGUGCUCAUCGCCAUGGGCCUGCUGAUCUUGGCGGGUAACACGACGUACCCUCUGUUUCUCAGACUCAUCUUUUGGUCUGCGUUGAAGGUGCUUCGCCUUACGACACGGGAAGAAACACACGUGGAGCUGAAGAGCACGUUGGAGUUUAUCCUCAGGUACCCGCGACGGGUCUAUACAAACCUGUUUCCAUCCAGACCAACCUGGUGGCUAUUCUUCAUGGUAGUCCUGACGAACGGAAUCGACUGGAUGGCAUUUGAGGUCCUCAACAUCGGCAACCCCGUCAUUGAGGCCAUUCCCAUCGAAGCCCGCGUGCUGGACGGUCUGUUCCAAGCCAUUGCUGUCCGGUCGGGUGGUUUCUAUGUCAUCCCCAUUGCCUCCGCCUACCCCGGGCUGCAGGUUCUGUACGUCAUCAUGAUGUACAUCUCCGUCUACCCCGUCGUGAUAACGAUGCGCCACUCCAACGUCUACGAAGAGCGCUCUUUGGGCAUCUACGCCGACAAUGAUGACACGCCGAGCCGCUCCUCCGCCGACGAGAAAAAGCACGCCGGCGGCAACGGGCUGCUCACCAAGCUGAUCAGGGACAACCUCAGCUUUGCUGGGGUGGGCGCGGCCAAUCCGAAGAAAGUCGACGGCCUCGAGUCCCGAACGAGCUUUGUGGGCCAGCAGAUCCGCGGACAGCUCGCCCACGACCUGUGGCUGCUCAGCCUCGCCGUGCUCAUUAUCGUCACCAUCGAGACGUCGCAUUUCCUCGAGGACCCGGUGCACUUUUCCGUCUUCAACGUCGUCUUCGAGGUGGUCUCCGGCUACGGGUGCGUGGGCAUCUCAGUGGGCCUGCCCAAGGACGCCAUGAGCUUCUCCACCGACUGGCAUGCGGGGAGCAAACUGGUGCUGUGCCUCGUCAUGCUGAGGGGACGUCACCGGGGACUCCCUGUGGCCCUGGACCGGGCCGUGAGGCUACCUGGACAGAGGCUGUUGGAGGACGAAGAGGAGGAUUGGAGGCUGAGACGGGCCAGAAGUGGGCGGGGGUUAGAGAACAAGGCGGUUUAA